AUACAAAUCACUUGUAGUGAAAUCAAUCAGAAGUGGAAUGGGGAAGUCCUUUUUUGUAGAAAAAUGUGGCUCACGACUUUCUUCUCAUUUGGAUGCUAAUUAUCAAACAAAUAUGAGUAAUAGUCAAAACAAGAACAGUGUUGUUAUUGUUUCUGUGCAUGGGACAAUGGUUAACACUGAUGCAAUAGUUGAAAGAUUACUUCAAUUUGAAGAAAGACCUAAUGCUUUUUUCCCUAGAAUAUAUCAUUUUGAUAUCACACCAAUGGUUAGAGAAGGACUGGAUUCAUUCCUAUUUAACCUAGUUGUUCUGGGAUCAUUAAAAACGAGUACGGGAAAAGUGUGGAGAAUGAAUAACAAUGAUACAUGUAUUAUUGAAAUAACCAUAAACCAUUCUGAUGAACAAUCAAACAAUGAAGGUUCUAGAGGAAGUCAAUGUUACAGUAUAGUUGCUAACAUGCUUCCAUGUAUUACAUGCAUUUCUCCCAACAAGGUUUUGAGUGUGCUCCAAAGUCAAGAAGUUCUUAAAAAUAUUUGGUAUGACAAUGGAGAGCACAAAAAAUCCUCAACGCAACGUGUUUGUCAGUAUUUACAAAUGUAUGACACAAAUAGAUCCAUAUUGAAUACGUUCACUUACAACCCAACUCAUCCUGCUGUAAAUCUUCAAAAUAGUUUAAAGAUAUUACUGAAAUAUUGUGGAGUCCAAGAUCCUUGCUGGAGUGAAUUGAGAAAUUUUAUCCAUUUUUUUAACACACAACUUAUUGACUGUGAGCAAUGUGCUUUUACAAGCAUUCAUGUUGUUGAAGAUUUAAGAGGAUUUAAAAUAUUUGUUAUUAGUUUCCUGUUAGAAAUGGCACAGGAUUUCUCAACUCGCUCAAUAUCAUUAGAUGAUUAUUAUGAUUCUAGUGAGCUAAUGAUUCAGCUUAAAAGAAAAUGGGAACACAGUUCUCAUCCUUACUUAUUCUUCAACCAAGACCAUGUCACAAUGACGUUCUUUGGAUUUAACAUUGAUUUAAAUGGUAACUUACUAGAUCCAGAUCGUCAAACCAUAAUAAAACAAAGCAUAAUGACAAAAGAUCUUUAUGCUGAUUUGAGUCGUCAGAUGCGAGGUACUGAAUGGGGGUGUUUGAACACCAAUUAUAAAACAUUAUCUCGGACAUCAAAGUUAGACAUACUUUGUCGUGUGAUUGGUGUGGAAAGUUUUGAUCCAGACCCUUCAUAUGAGUUGACUGUUGACAAUAUGAAGAAAAUUCUUGCUAUUCAUAUGAGAUUACGAUGUGAUAUUCCAGUGAUAAUGAUGGGAGAAACAGGUUGUGGUAAAACAAAACUGAUUAAAUUUAUGUGUGCUCUUCGAGCUGGAAAAAAAGGAAUUCAAAACAUGUUACUUGUCAAGGUUCAUGGAGGAGUGACUCAUCAAGACAUACUCAUAAGAAUUGAACAAGCAAAAUGUUUAGCAAAAGAAAACUAUGAGAGUUACAAGAUAAAUACAAUUUUGUUUUUUGAUGAAGCAAACACAUCUGAUGCGAUUGGACUUAUUAAAGAAAUAAUGGUAGAUAAAAGAGCAGAUGGUAAACCAUUAGGAUUAGCUGAGUGUGGACUUGAAAUAAUUGCUGCUUGCAAUCCUUAUAAAAAGCAUUCUGAAAAUAUGAUAAAAAAAUUGGAAUCUGCUGGUUUGGGAUAUCAUGUAAAUUCCAAGUCUACAUAUGAAAAAAUAGGUGAUAUCCCAUUGCGACAGUUGGUUUAUCGUGUACAUCCUUUACCAACUAGCAUGGUUCCACUUGUUUGGGAUUUCGGUCAAUUGGAUUCUGAGACUGAAGAAGCCUAUGCAAGACAAAUAAUCUUAAGAUUUGUAAAUGAAGGAAAGCUACCAUAUGACAAUCUGUUUUAUGAGUUGAUUGUUUGUGUACUUAAAGAAUCUCAAGCUUAUAUGAGAAGACAAAAGGAUGAAUGCAGUUUUGUUAGUUUGAGAGAUGUAGAAAGGGCAUUAUUAGUAACAAGUUGGUUUUACAUGAGAAUGGACCUAUUUAUAAACAAUACUGACAAUAAGUUCACUAAUUAUAACAAAAUGCAAUUGGCAAUAAUUUACUCAUUAAGCGUAUGUUAUAUUGCAAAAUUAGAAGACCGUGAUUCUUAUCGUAAAUAUAUUUCUAAGUUCUUUACUGGUCAUUUCAAGUUGAUAAAUGGUGCUCAAGAAAUUAAAGACAAAGUCGUUAGUCUCCAAAAAAAAAUUUUGAAUGAAAUAAAACUUGAAGAUAAUAUUGCACAAAAUGAAGCUUUAUGUGAGAAUGUGUUUAUGAUGGUUAUUUGCAUCGAAUUGCGAAUCCCUUUAUUUGUUGUUGGAAAACCUGGAAGUUCAAAGUCUUUAGCAAAGUCUAUCAUUCAGGAUUGCAUGCAGGGAAACAUGUCAAAAUCUCGUCUGUUUAAAAAUUUUAAGCAGAUUUUUAUGUCUUCAUACCAAUGCAGUCCUCUUUCAACAGCUGACGGAAUAAUAAAUACAUUCAAACAGUGUAGUCGAUUUCAGGAAGGUAAAGAUCUUGAAACUUUUGCUUCUGUUGUUGUACUAGAUGAGGUUGGUCUUGCAGAAGAUUCUCCACGUAUGCCUCUCAAAGCAUUGCAUCCAUUAUUAGAAGAUGGUACUGAUGGUUCUGAAGAACUUACACUUGAUAGUUCAUCUCUUAAAAGCAAAAGAGUGGCCUUUAUAGGCAUUUCAAACUGGUCCCUUGACCCUGCAAAAAUGAAUAGAGGAAUUAUGCUAUAUAGAGGACAGCCUAAUUUAGAUGAACUAGUUGAAACUGCAAGGAAUAUCUGUUUUAAUGAUAAAUACGUUUUUGGAAUGAUUGCAUCUUUAUUUGAACCUCUAACAAAGGGAUACUUAGAAGUUUAUGAAAAGCAAAACAAUUGUGAUAUCAUAAAAAAGUACAGAAAAGAAGAAUUUUUUGGGUUAAGAGAUUUUUACAGUUUGUUAAAGUUAGUAUUCUGCUUUGCUCGAAAACGGCAAAGUACUCCUACACAUGCAGAUAUUGAACAUGCAGUUAAAAGAAAUUUUAGCGGACUUCAGGAACUUGAUACAUGGAGUAUCUUUAAAUCAUAUCUUCCAUAUGAUUUUUCUGUGUCAAAAGAUACGGAAGCAGGUAUUUCUGCAUUGCGUUUAAUUGCUGAUAGUUUUGCUGAUGUAUGUCCAUGUUAUGAAUAUCGUUUAAAUUCUGAAAAGACUGAUAAAGCACAUUGUUUAAGUUCUCGCUAUCUUUUGUUAAUGACCGAUGAUUAUGCUGCUUUACCAAUAAUUGAGCAGCAUUACUUGAAACCCAAUCAAAAAAGUACUGUCAUUUUCGGAAGCAGCUUUCCUAAGGACCAACAGUUUACUCAGGUAUGUCGUGAUAUAAAUAGAGUUAAGAUAUGUAUGGAGACUGGCACUAGAGUUGUGUUGUUAAACAUGGAAAAUUUAUAUGAAAGUCUUUAUGAUACAUUAAACCAGUAUUAUGUAUCACUUGGAGGAAAGAACUAUGUAGAUUUAGGCAUUGGAACUCACAGAGUUAAAUGCAGAGUGCAUGAAGAUUUUAGACUUAUAGUGAUUGCAGAUAAAGAAAAUGUGUACAGUACCUUUCCUAUACCUUUGAUAAAUAGACUUGAGAAACAUUUUUUAACUGUAUUGAAUGGAAUGGAACAGUCUCAGAUAGAACUUGCCAAGAAGCUUAAAAGAUGGGCUACAGAUUUUUCUAGCAUAUACUCACUCACACAUGAGUUCAAACCAUCAGAUUCAUUUAUUGGAUACAGUGAAGAUAGUUGCGCUUCAAUUGUAAUUAAACUUUAUCAAAAGUAUGUUGGGAGUAGUGAGGUUGAACAUGAUAAAGUUGGUGAGGUUGAUCAUGAUAAGAUUUUCGAAGAAAGUUGUCAGGUUUUAUUAAAAUUAGCUACUCCUGAUUCUUUAUUGCGUGUUGUGAAAACAAGUUUGAGAGACCAUUUUGAGUAUUAUUGGAAUAUUUACUUUAAUGAACAGUUUCAUCAUUCUCUGGCAGCAUAUCUUAUCAAUGAACUUGAUAAUAUAGAUAGCAAAUUUAUGCAGGUUACAACAUUUUCACGACUUUUAUCUCCAACUGACAAAGAGAAUUUAAACAUUGAAUUAAAUGAUUUCAAAAUUGAGAUGAUUUCCCUUAUGCAGUUUCAAACAGAAAAAUCAUUCAGAGAUUGUCUAAGAGUUGUGUGCAACGCUGAAAGUAAUAAGAAACAGCUUCUUAUUGUUCAAGCAAAUAAUGCUCAGGAGAGGAGCAAAUUAAUUGCAUGUGCACAAUACAUUUGUAAAGAGUCACAAAAACAAUUUAGAUCAAAGAACAUAUCUGUUUUAUUUAUCCUGCAGUUGAACUAUAAAGCUAAACGCCUAGACUUAUUGAGCUCAUUGUCAUUCUGGGAAUGCUGCCAUAUUGAUGAGUUACGCAGCUCAAACUUGCCUUAUCUUAUAAAAUAUUAUGGAAAAUCUUUAAAAGAAAUAAUUAGCCUUGAUGAUCUAAAACUAAAAAUGGUUCAACUAAUAUUAGGAUGUGUACAAAUGACUAUUCGACGCCUAAGUGAAAUGAAGCAAAUGACAAUUGAAGAAAUAUCACAACGAAUUGAUAUUAUAGCAAAUCUUUUAACAAGUAAACCUGAUGAUAUUCGAUACAUGUUUAUAACAACUGUAUUGCGGCUGUUAGAAGCUGGCUUAGCUGCAGAAGAAAGCAAAUGGCAUCCUGAUUAUGUUACAAAUUGGAUUCAAAAUGAAGCAAUAGAACAAAAGUAUCAACCAUCAUAUGGAACAUUUAGACAUGCAUUAUUCUGUUAUAUGGAAGAUCGUAUUGUGCCUGUUCUCACGUCCAUUGUUUCUAGUAUUGAUAGAUUUCGUAAUCUUGAAAUUCUUCACAAUGAACCAGAAUAUACAAAGCUUUGGCUGGAAUUAUUUUCUAAGUUCACUGUUAUCUCUAACAAUGCACCCAAUAAGUUAUUGGAUCCAUAUUUUAGUUGCAAGUUUCCAUUUUCAGAUAGAAUUUUCAAAGAAAUUAAUGAUGCAUUACAAAAUUGUUUACAACCAGAUGCAACACAUGAAACACAUGAAUAUAAACAUAUAUAUGACACAAUUGAAUCAUUACCAAUGGCAAGUCUGAUUAUGGGGUCAACAACUAUGGAAGUCGAUAGUUAUUUGUUUGACAUACUACGAAUAAAGUAUCCUGAUCAUUUGCAAAGUUCUGAGCAAGGCCUACACUCUUACAAAAUCUUGGCAUAUGGUUUGAUUUCUUUUACGAAUUCUGUAGUUAUUUCAAGAAAUAAAUACUUUGAUGCUUGUGGUAUAAAACUAAAUGAUAUAAUUAAUAACACUAACUGUGAUAUAGUCUCUAUACACAUUGCUUUGAACACUAAAAUAUUUGAAGAAAGACUCAAAAGUAUUUCUUUGAUGCUUAUCCUUCAACCAAAAUUAAAAGAAGCUAAAUUAGGUCAAGAAUCAGAAAUAGAUAUAGAUGUUCAUUUAAUGAAUCAUUUUCUAUCUCAUCUUGCUUCUAAAUGCUUCUCUCCUGGUGUCAUUGAGGAAAUUAGAAAAACAAAAGUGUUGAUCAAUUGUGUUUUUGAUUCUGUUAUCAAAAGUAAAUGCAAUAAUGCAACAAAAGAAAUGGUGGAAAAAUUACAAAUUCGUUGGUGCAGUUUUAGAAUCUGUCAAAAGUUUUCAGAUGUUGUGUUUCAAGCCUCUACAAGUUUUUGUAAUCAUCAAAUUGAUUUGUUAACCUCACUGUGGAAGAAGUUGGAAACUCUUCCAAAUGAUAUGCUGACCUGUGAAUCAUGGUAUAUAGUUGAAGAAUUUUUAAAAGAAUCUCUCACAAUCGAUUAUUCUAACAUUAGCGAAGAUUGCUCUGUUAAUAAUUGCAAUGAGGCAUGUAAUACUGACUUUAAUGAUAGAGAUAUAUAUAAAGAAAGUUUAGAAAGAAGACAUACGGUUUUUGAAAAAGAAGAAUUCAAGAAGCGAUGCAUUUCAUUUUAUGCUGAAGUUGUUGCUGAGUUUUGCUUUUCAAGAAAAGAUUUUGAUAGAGUGGAUACAAAUGUCAUUGAAAAUAUUCUGAAUUAUGUUUUUUCUUCUGAAACCACUAAAGUAUUUUCACCAAUACCAGAUUAUGCACUUGAUCCAACUCCUGUUAUUCGUUCAUUUUUACUCCAACAACUUCUUCAAAGGAGUUACAAUGAGGUCCAAAAAUAUCUCAGUCACCAUUUAGCAAUGUUAUUUUCACAUACAGAUCAAAGUCAGCUUCUUGAAGUUGCAAAACUUUUUAUAUAUUGCAUGGAGGAUAAAAAAGAAUUGGAUUUUUCUACGUUAAUAAAGGAGACUGUUAUUAACUCGGCUCUACUUGAAUAUGUAUCAGAUGAAUUGGUUACUGGAUAUAAUUUUGCUCAGUUAAUCAAACCUGGAGAAUCUUUAACAGAAGUCUUAUUACUUGAACGUGUUGCAGCAUUGCGAAUAUCUUUGACAGUAUCAGCUCAAGUAUUGUGUACCUGGUUUCUUGGAGAAACUUUUAACGAAACAAAAAUUAAAAAAAAUUUUGAUAGCUUUUUGGCCUUACUAACAAAAUUUAUUCUUAAGUAUAAAGACAGUCAACCGUAUUUUUAUUUCUUAAAGCAAAUUGUUCGAAGUUAUGGUAUUCAAGGUUUGAAAGAGAUUGUAAUAAAGCCUGAAGUUGAUUGGCUUCUUAAUCAAGAUGAAAACGUUAACAAUAUGACAAGUUAUGACAAGUUUUUGGUAUAUGGGGAUCAUUAUAAGAAAAUUCGUGAUCGUUUAGUUAUUUGUAUUUUAGAAGAUAACCUGCUUGGUAUAACUCAACUGGAAGAAGAUGAUGAGAAUAAAACAAAUAUUUUUCUUCAAUUAUCAUUGUUCAAAGGAUUAUCCAAUCUUCCUAGCCUUGCAAUUCUCAAAGAUAAAAUAACAAUACAGACAUGUUUAUCUGCCAUAAGAAACUUUUCAACUUUGGAAUCAUAUUCUUCAAUUUUAUAUCAUUUCUGGGUUGUAAUAAAUUCUGGAAAUCCUUCUGCACGUCUUUUUUUGUUGCUGGCCACGCACCCACAACAAGUUUAUAGAUGGUUUCUUCCAGCGAUGCCACAUGAUAACUUAUCAGAUGUUUUUGGCUUAAAUCGUAGUGAUAACAGCAAUUCCUUUCUAUUUUAUGCAUGUCCUCGUGGUCAUCCAUAUGUGAUAACAAAUUGUGGUCGACCUAAUCAAACAUAUGUGUGUCCUGUUUCAAGUUGUCGAUUACCAAUCGGAGGAGAAGGUCAUACACUGCUUCCAACAAAUCAAAUUGUUUCUAAUAGAGUUGAUGCUACAAAACCUGGUCAUUGUUUGGGUCCAGCUUCAGAACGCUCAAAUUUUUCUAUUCCACAGCGUGAAUUGACACCUUUAUCAGUUACACUUCAAAAUUUAUUAGUGCAUCUUUCAUUACUUGUUGCAACAUUGACAGGUCAUGUAGAGCAUGUUGUGAAAUUGGUGCAUCCAGAAGUAAAUUCAAAUUCAAUGCAAAUGUUUCUAGUACAGCACAUUGAUAAAGAUCUUGCUCUAUUGUCUAAUAGAAUUGCAAAGAAUAAUGAUGAUACAAACUCUGCAGUUCACACAUUUUUAAAACACCUGCUAUUAAAUGAUGAACCAGACAACAUAAUGAUGGUUGAUUUAACAAGUGCGCAAAUCAGAAAUCAAUAUGAAAAUGCUUUUGAUCGAAAAUUUAUUCAACCUUUUUUCAAUUCAUUGGAUGAAGAGCUUUUACAAUUUAAUAAAUUUUUGAUGGCAGACCGUUGUAUAAAUGACUCUCCAUUGAUGAGGAAAAUAUUUUAACUAGAUGCAGAACUAGAUUUAGAGGUGCUUGCUUAGGAGAACAUUUUUCUGUUAUUUUUAAAUAAAUUUAUUAAAGUUAGCACAUAAAAUA